AUGAGAGCAGAGCUCGUCGAGCCACGGGCAGAGACAACAAGCUGGUAUUUCACUCGCACGAGAUCGAUCACUGUGCUAAGACUGAGUCUUGAAAUGAGCAACGCGAGAUCCUGGCCAAUCGCAAUUGCGGGAAAGCGUGUUCAAGAUCCGAGCCGCAUCGUCUCGCCUCCCCUCAACAUGCCUCGCUACCGCACUAUUCGACGCCUCACCUCCCUCGACCCUGACCGAGACAUCCCGUUAGCUCUCCAGCCCUUUACCUUGGUGCAGCUGUCCAGCCUAGCAUACACCGAUCUGCGGGCCAUCCUCGAUUCCGCUCGGCCCAACUCGCAGUCUAGAAGCGGUUUGCCCUCCUCCGUCGCUCCGUCGCUCCGUCGCCCUGCCGCCCCGAUUCGGCGCUUCGCUCCCCUCGAGCGUUCCCUACUAGAAAGACGCGCUGUUAGCCCAUCCGUCGACGACGCUUGA